AUGUCUGCCGCUCUCCUACGAUCACGAGCUGCCGUUUCUGGCACCCGAAUCGCUUCAUCCGCCCGCCCUGCUCUUCCCAAGUCAAACCUCGCCCAGCGCCGCAGCGCUUCGUCCUCUUCUUCCGCCGGUGACGGAGCUGGUCUCAGGCUCGCUCUCUACGGCAGUGCUACCGCUGCUGUUCUCUACGGCUCUUACCUCUACGCUACCGACACCAGAGCUUUCUUCCACCGAUGGGUCGUUCCUCCGCUGCUGCGCUGGGCCUACCCUGAUGCCGAGGACGCCCACCAUGCUGGCACCACGGCCCUAAAGGUGCUCCAUGAACUCAACCUCAACCCCCGCGAGCGCGAUACUACUCUCAACUCUCCCGACCUGGCUGUCAAUGUUUUUGGAACAGAGGUCCAAAACCCAAUUGCUAUCUCUGCUGGUCUCGACAAGGAUGGAGAGGUCGCAGAUGCGUUGUUUGACCUUGGAGCUGGCAUUGUUGAGAUUGGUGGAUGCACACCUCUCCCCCAAGCUGGUAACCCCAAGCCUCGAGUGUUCCGCGUUCGAAGCCUCGACGGCAUGGUCAACCGAUACGGCCUGAACUCUCGCGGUGCUGAUGAUAUGGCUAUUCGAUUGAGGGACCGACUUAGACGAUUUGCCCGAUCUCUUGGUCUGACUGAGAGGGAUGUCCUUGACGGAAACGCCAAGGUCCCCCCUGGAAGUCUUCGUGAGGGCCGACUUCUGGCUGUCCAGAUCGCCAAGAACAAGGAGACGGACGAGCGGGAUGAGAAGGCUAUUGCUGAGGAUUACGUCUACUGUGUUCGAAGACUCGCACGAUUCGCUGAUGUGCUGGUCGUAAACGUCAGCAGCCCCAACACUCCCGGUCUUCGCGAUCUCCAGGCCACUGAGCCCCUGACACGGCUCCUCAGCGCCGUUGUUGACGAGGCCGCCAAGACCGACCGAAAGCAAAAGCCCAAGGUCAUGGUCAAGGUCUCCCCUGACGAGGACGAGGACACACAAAUGGAGGGCAUCGUCGAGGCUGUUCACCGAAGUGGUGUCGACGGAGUUAUUGUCGGCAACACAACCAAGCGACGAGAUGGCGUUAUCCCCCCGGGCAUUAAGCUUACUGCUCAGGAGCGACAGAACCUCAUGGAGACUGGUGGUUACUCCGGUCCUGCCAUGUACAGCCGCACACUUGAUCUUGUCGGCCGAUACCGCAAGAUGCUAGACAAGCACUCUUUCAAGGCUAGCCUCGGCGCCAAGGGCGGUGCUCAAAAGGUCAUCUUCGCCACAGGAGGCAUCACCAACGGCGAGCAAGCACGACAGAUCCUCAACGCUGGAGCUAGCGUGGCGAUGGUCUACACAGGGUUGACAUAUGGCGGUCCCGGCACUAUCACCAGGAUCAAGCAGGAGUUAAAAGGUGGUGUGAAGAAUUAG